UCUACCACAUAACAGCUGAGAACGAGCGACUAUAACAGACUAGCUAAAUGUAAUGGAUUAUCGGUGGGCAUGGCGGAAAAUGGUGCGAUGAAUUUGUUAUUUUGCGACACUUUCAGCCAUGAAAAUGCUAAAGAACCUAACCUCGACCUAAUUCAAUUUACUUGGCCAGUGAAUGUGCAAGAGAUCCGAGUAAUACCGUGGGGUGCAAGAGUCCAUCCUGAUCUACAUAAGGUACCAACUGUCGGCCAAACACAGCCAGGGGGAUUCACACUAGAAUUUUUCGCAAACAACUUGAACAACCAUGGAGCUGCUGUGUUUGAACGUAUUGGGUCGUUCCAUUAUCAAGAUAGUGGAGAAAUUCAGCUGGUUCCUAAAACAAAGCUGCCCACGGAUGGACUUGUUGUUCGUGGCAGGUAUGCAAGUGUAACUUUGGCCAUCUUUGGGACUGCACAGAAAAGACAAUCAGAGUCACCACCUCCGCCGCCUCCACCACCGCCACCACCCCCAAAGCAACAGCCACAUUCGAAGAGGCCAGAUGACAGCAAGGGGAGACGUGAGGAUAAAAAAUCAAUCGAAGAGGUUAUAAAAUUGGAAGAAGAAGUACCAAGAAUGACGGAGGAAGAGCAAAAGAUAAUAGCAUUUGGCAAAGAUACUAAGCGAGGUCCUAAGACUCCACCUCAAGAGGUCACCGAAGAAUGGCAUCCUAAACCUACUGCAGAGACUUCAUGGGAUGUAGAGGAUAGUGGCCCACAGUGGAAAGAACCAGAAACCAGUGAGGACCCUGUUGCAGAUGUGCAUUGGAAGGGUCCGUGGGGCGAGGGAGUAGAAGACUGGAAAAGCAUUGACACUUGGGAAUCGCGAGAACAAGGUGACUGGGUGGAAGAAGAACGUCAUGGACGUCAGUGGGAGGAACAUAGAAAGCACAGGGGGCCUAGGACUCCUCCAGGGGAACCUUCUGGACCCCACACACCCCCAGACAUUGAUGCCUCGUCAGAGGUAGAAAAGACUGAAGCUAGUACGGAGUCUUCUGUUGAUGUGCCAGAUCUUGAAGCAGAGGAUCAAGUAGAACUCUUUGAACCACUGACACCUGAGCACUCACCUGUAGAUCGUAAGAACCUUUCCACAGGUGACAUUCCAGAUGUACCUCCAGGUUUUGAUGAAGAGGAACCAGGUGAGGGCAUGGAUCAUGCCUAUGAGGAGAUUGUUAGUGAUGAAGAGGUUAUAGAUGAUCAAGAAUUAGAUAGCUUAAUGGAAGACGAUGAGUUUGAUCCUGAGCAGAUUGCAGAUGAAGAGGGAUGGAAUACUAUUGGAAUCUAUGACCCAUUUGACACUUUACCUCUCAUCAAACCACUUGAGAAUUUCCCAGCCCCAUACCAUACACCAUUCCAACUAUUAAAGUCUAAGCUACAAAGGACGCCCUCUGUAGACAGUGUUCCAGAAGAGGUCACCAAGUUGGCAGAUAUGGUACGAAGUCAUAGCGAGGAAGAUUAUGGACCAAAAUGGAUCAGUACUCUAGAGGAACUUCAACCUUUAGUGAUGCCUUGGCUAGCCUACCUAGAUGACCAGCUGGUGGACAUUGUAAUGGACUGGUCAAUAAAAGCUCUGGACAUGGACAUAGCACUGACCCAGCCAUUGGCAGUUAACACAAGACAACUGAAAGCAGGGAUGAAGCUGGUUUCUGUAAUAGCUGAUUCUGAUACUGAUCUAGCACAGAAACUCAUUGCUAAGCUUACUGUUGAAAGUCUUUUUAAAUUACUCUUUGCUGAUCAUAUGGCAUCAUCUUUGAAACUGAUUGCUCUGAAAGCCUUGGACAGUUUAACCAACUGGCAGGUUGGCCUAAAAUACCUCUUGCAAGUGUCUCCUGAAAGUGAUCAUGGACCUCCAUCACCUAAAAGAAUCAGGCUUGAUAAAGUAGAGUCAACAGGCUACGAGAAGCUUCUGGGACUACUCUUAUCAAAGCAGGCUGUGAGAGUGAUGAAGGCGUCUACCGCCCUCGUUCAGAAAGUCCAUGCAUAUGAGGUACUCACCAAGCUAAGGAGCAGCACCCAAAGUAUUAUAGAUACAUCACCACCAGCUGAACUAGAGACUAUAUCAGAAGAAAAGAGCACACCGAAAGAUGAAGCUUUGGAGCCUGCAAGAGACACGCCCACACCAGAACCUAUGGAAAUAGGUGGAAUGAUGGUACCGGUAUCAGCUUUUCAAUCAGCUUCAUCUUCUCUGGUGGAAGACAUUGAGACAGUUGCUGAGUGCCUUCAGCAGAUUGUGGAGACCAUCAGAACAGCACAUUUCAAACUGGUGCAGCCAUCCAUCAAAUCCUUCCCAACCACAGUAAAACUGACUGACGAAGUAAACACCGCCGAUCCUUAUCCAAUGCUCUUUCAUCUUUUCCAGAGCAGUCAUUUACUAGAAUGUGUUCAGAUGUUGCUGGUGUCUCCCCAAACUAGUGCUCAUGAUGGAAUCUUUGAUGGCAUCAGGGACUUGCUGCAAUCUCUACUUUCAACAAUUAGUGGCCUCCAGUUUCUCUCCUUAAAUCACACCACAGCAAAAGCAAUCAUCCAAGUCCUGACUAGCAGCUAUGAUGAUGAAACGCCAGAAACGAAUGAGUCCUGUAGCCUAGGCCUCCAGCUGCUUCAAAGCCUGCAGGUGCUCCAGUAUGUGGACAAGCUGAAAGGCCUUCUGGAAAGCGCCGAAGCAGUGGGUGAGGAUGAGAGAGAGGAGGCGGCUGAGAUACUUGGUGCAGCCUACACUAUGAUGUUUUCACCUAUUGGUAAAAUGUGCCUUGCUUCAGUGUUUGCUCUAGAUAAGAACCUGGAUUAUUUACUGCCUUUCUUGGAAUUACCAGGUGAUGAACCGGAUGUCCAUCAUAAAAUCCUAGUCUCUGUUGCCUAUGGUUAUGCAUCUCAGCUACUACAGUGCCUUCUCCAGCAUCUUGAUGAUGUUACAGUUUUGAAGAAUUAUUCUGCAAGAAUCCUCAACUGCUCAAUGGAAGAAAAUGGAUUCAUUAAAUGGUUGGACCCAGUGAAAGAUCUUACUUAUGACCUGACUAGCAUUAAGAAGCUAGUAGAGUACAUGCAGAAGAACUCUGCCAUGUUGUCUGGAGAUUUGGCAGGAACAGGCCCAGGAAUGGUCACAUGUUUGCGAGUUCUUAAAUAUUUUGCCUGUCCUCCAGUAGACAUGGUCAGUGGAGAACAACAAAAAGACCUUCGAUACAAACUUGCUACAAUUCAACUGUUUUCUGCCGAUGCAAUGAAUGUGUUCAUUGACCUGUUGAAGAGAAUCGGUGACUUGUUGAUGCGUCCCUGGCAACUAAUACAAGGCUGUAACUGUUCCAGUACAUUCCUACUGGAAUCCAUGGUAACACCGCUCCUGAAACUCAUCCAUGGAAUGGUCACGGAACUGCUAGGCAGCAGCGCUAUUGAGUUCCGAAAUGAACGCCUGGUAACGCACUUAUUAACGCUGUCAUCAACCUUACACUGUUCAGCAGCAUCAGCUGGAGUUGUUAGUAACGAGACCCAAUCAAUCUUGUCGAACAUCCUGGAUAUUCUGUUGACCUUUACGACAUGUGUCUCAGACCAACCAGUCAGAGAAGAAGUGAUGGUGAACAGUCCAUGGGGAUUGAUGUUAAAGGAACUACUUGCAUACAUUCCAUUAUCACCUCUCAGUUUUGUUGGGGGUUUAACCAUCUUCUCAGAGAUGCUUCCCCUUCCUCUACCAAUCCAAACUCAGGAAAAUUUAACCAAAGAUGAAGCAAACCAGGCCUUGAAUCAACGCAAAAUGUGGAGCUGCUAUCUACACUGCUUCAGUACAGAAAUACAAAACAUAAUCAAAGAUAUAUCAAGUAGUAGUUGUCUCCCUCUCCAGCAGUCCCUUCGAAGAGUCUGUAUGCAGCUGGCUGACCUGGCCGCACCAACAGCAUUGCUCCUUGUCCAUGCUGUUUUGAAAGCUUUGCUCGAGGCACAGGGAGAGUGUGAUGAGGAUGGUAAAGAGCGACACUGCGGACCAAACACGGCACAUAUACUAAACCUGCUAAGUUACCUCGUCUCACAACCAUCCAUCAAAGCUGCUAUUUUACACAUGCUCCGAACAAGUAGUAAUUCCAAGUCCAAGGACUCUCACUUAGCAGUUUUGUCGCGGUUGCUAGUUUUAUUAAACGUAGCCCAUGACUCAUCCUCCCACCUCCAAGCACAGGAAUGCAUUGUGGCGAUUGAGCAAGUUCUUUGUGGUCCUGAGGUGUCCCUUCUACCAACAGACAUUCCAGUUGCAGAGCAACUUGCCAACAGCCUUCCAUGUAAGGAACAUAUGGAGACAAUGUGCACAGCCAUGUUGGAUCAUGUGAGCAGUGUAGACCAAUCAUAUGCUUCCAUUUUGCCAGCUCUUAGACACCUCACCAUGCUUCUAGACCAUGACUAUGGAUUUUACCAUCUAAAAAUGGCUUUAGAGCGGAAUCCGUCUGCCUUCUAUGCACUCUUUCAACGUUUGCAAUCGACAUUUAACAAAGAAAGCUCUGACUGCCUCUCAACGCUAUCAACUGCCAUUGAUCUCAUCCAAGUGCUACUGACCAACGAUAAUCCCGCUCCAGAUCCAGAUGUCAAAGUCGAACCCGGCACUUACCGCACAUACACCAUUAGCGUGGACAAAAUAAGGGAAUGGCUGCGCUGGGAUCCCAACGAACAUCCGCUACUGAGUUUAGAGAAAUUGUUGGAGGAGUGUUGCAAAGAAGAUCUGACUCUAGAAAGUUUAUUGGAAACAAUUACAAACCUUGCACAGACACUGUCAGACACCGAAGAUUCUUCCAAGUGCAACGAUCUCGGUGAAAUCAACCUACCGCCCCAAAUGAGUCUAACAGAACAGAUGAACUCGCGAGUAGUCUAUGUUGUCAGCGACUUAGACGAUGAUCGCUUGAGUCCAACAUACUGGAUAGGAGUACCAGGAAUGGAUGAAGGCGAGAUUGAACCGGAACUAGUACCAUGUGAUUUAGAAGAAAUGAGGGCUGCAUGUGUGCCGACCUUUGACCUUAAAGCUGAACUUGAGCGUGAUGCAGCUGACUCAGACAAAUUAAAGAAGAAAACUACACGGUCAAGGCGUCGCGGUCCACUGGUCACCGGUAGUAUGAAUAGGGCUGGAGGUGGAAUCAAGAGAUCUCAUGGAAUGACUCGUGGAAACUCCUACAGUCGAAGGCCUUAUGAUACUUUCAGACAGCGCCCUCAGAAUACUAGCAGACCGCCCUCUAUGCAUGUUGAUGAUUUUGUUGCAAUGGAACAGGAACCAGAGCAUAAAAGACCAAAUAAGGGACUCCCACCUAACAGAAAUGGGCGUGGCUUCAUGAGUCAAGGAGGUCCAAGGGGUGGCUUCCAAGGCAACCGUCCAUGGAAUGGACCAAGUGGUAGUAGCUAUGGCAACAGAAGAGAGUUAGGAGAUAGAAACAAUUCUCAAAGACCCGGUUCAGGGCGUGGCCAGUGGGAUAAUAGGCGUGGUUCACAUCCAUCAGGUCCUGGAAGGGGAUUCCCCCAUCGAAGGCCUGACAAUAGACAAGACAGCAGGGCCCUUCCAAGCCGAGCAGGUGGAAGGGGACGGGAUAAUCCCUACAUGCGGGGUGGCACUAGAGGUGGGAUGCGUGGCAGCUUAGGCCCAGGCAGAGGUGGACCAAGCCAGCGAAGACCAAAUACGAGAGGAAGGGGAGGAUUUCGACCAGGGCAUUGGUCUACACAGGGGAACAAGGUUGAUCAUGGAAGGUUUCCGCCAAGAUCGUCAAGGGCCGGAUACAACCGACAAGGGGGACGAGACCGACACCAACGGUCAUUUACUCGUUAAACGCAAUCUUCACGCACUGGCUGAUGCAUGUAUUUGUGGGGAAAAUACACAUAAGUCAAAUCCAUUGCAGAGUUUUGGAAAAAAAAAAUAUUGACCUCUGUGAUACCCAAGAAUUGUAUCAUCAGUGUUUCCAGUAAUUUUAAUAUCUAUUGAUAUCAAAGCUGUGAAAUCUCAAAUAUUGCUGGUGGGUGUAUACAAUGCUACAGAUGUAAUCUGAGCACAGCUCAAUGGACACAAAGAGUUGUUAAAAAGCAAAUCCAUUUAGUGUAAAUCCUCCCUCUGCUGUGUUGAUAUCCAUCUAUUGGAUUUACUCCCUCUGCUAUUGGCUGUGAUGUUAUGUCUGUCUGAGUGCAAUAGCAUUAACAGAUUUUAAGCACAAUUGCUUAAUUAUUGUACUUCAGGAGUGUAGCUUUAACUUGAACAUUAAGGUGAUCAACUUUGAAAUCAAAGGUCAUUUGUUCAAAUCAUGUAAAGUACCAGGAGUUUUUCUCGCAACUAAAAAUAACUGUACAUCAUAAGCCGGAGAACCUAUUAAUAAGAUUUUUUUAUAGUGCAUAACUUGGUAUGCAAUAGGAUGUAAAGGUGUCUAUUUUAUAUCUAGGGGAAGGGGACUGAUGAGGAUGAGUGAUGGAAUGUGGGGAGGGUGGGGAAAUUACUUGAUGAGGUGAUCUCUAACUACUUGAGUGUAAUUAUUUUGCUCAGAAAAUUUCUGUUGAGGUACCUGAAGAGUACUUUUCCUGGGGAAUUGCACCUCCAUUUAGAUAUGCUACUGCCAUGAUGAACUGAUGUAUGCCAAGACUGGUUUUUCUAAACAUACCUCAAAAAUAAUGAAAUAAUCUCACAAAUUUGGGGUAAAACCUCAUAUUUAUUGUGAUAACAUAUUUUUUACACAUGAUUUAUGAGUUGUUCAGGGGUUCCCUCCAUGAUGUCACUUUCGAAAGACGUAAAUUAUCUUAUUGGGAAAAAAUUAAAUUUGUACUUAAACUGAGUUGAAAGUGUGAAUAUUGAACACUGUUUUUAGCAUUAUGUUUGUGUCUGCCAUUGCUAUUGGGUUCAUAAGAAGGCUGUUGAUGAGUUCUUAGAACUGUUUCUUUGUCACACCACUAUUUAGGGACCAUUUUUUCGCCGCGAACUGAGGGAAAGUAUAUCAUGAUACCACGACCAAACCUUAUUCAGGGCCCGGGGGGAGUGCACUACUAUUAAGCAGGCACUUUUUUAGCCGUGAAUCGAGAAAAACUAUAUCUUCAACACUUUUGAUAUUAAGAUAACACUUCGUUUUUAAAUCCUUUAGUAACCAAAUCGAUUUCUCCUUAUUCUUGGCUGUUUUUCCUAUUAAUACAGAUUUAUCCAUACCCAAGUUAAUCCCUCUCUAGUCUUCCAGAUUCUUUACCAUCCCCAUUAAUGCUGGUCUCACCCUGGCCAUGUCAAUUUCUCUCUACCUCCAUCGUUCUCCAAAUCAUCCUCUCCCUACUCGCAUCGAUUCCUUUUUACAGUGUCACAAAGCCCCUUUCUUCUUCAUGCCCAGUAAAUUUUCCCCACCCCCACCCCCCCCCCUUUGUAAUGUUCAUGGUAAUCUGAGAUUAAUAUUUCUAUUGCAUUAUGGCCUCAAAUUUGCUAGCUAUUUUUUCUCAGAGGGGCCUAAAUCAUGGGGAGGUGGGUGGAUAGGCAAUGCCGAAAUUAUGUAACACCCGCGCAGAUCCCUGUCCUUUCGGCAUCACACAUUUCUAUUAAUCAGUAGAUUCUACACAUUUCAAAGAAAAAAGUCUGUAUUUAUCCCUGUUUUAUUAUCAACGUUUACAUGUAAUGAUAUAAAAUACAAAAUGUCAACACUUAGGCCUACAUCAAAAAAUAUGGAAGAAAUGUCACAUUGAAUAUAAUGGCGAUGGAGAAACAAGGUGGGAUAUUUGGUGUGCAUUAACUUUCAUUUAAAAUACUUAGCUACAAAUGCUACAUUAAUAAAUAAAUCAGACACUGAAUACAUAGCACAUAAAUAGAUUAAUAUAAUAAAUAACGAAUAUAUAACCGUCUUUGAAAGAUCGUUUUAUAGAUAUUGUACAGCGAUUGAAGUUUACCAAUUUAAAUGGUUGAAAUAAAAUUUGCUGCUAGUGUAAUACAAA